GUUGGGUCUAUUUUAAUGUAUAAUUUCCUAAUAUAAACUUUUUAGGGUUUUUCUAUACAGUGACCUUACAAGAAUCACUUUUCUACGUUGUGCCCUUACUUAUAUGACUUUCUACAGUGUAACCCAAAGGUACAAUGUAAUUGUACGGUAACCUACGUCAGCAAGCAUUUAUGACGGACGUUGGUGUGGCAUUUAUUCCGUCACCUAACUCGUACUUUAUACUAAACUUUCUCUCUCCUUUUAAAUUCCCUCGUCUUCUCUUACUUCUCUUUACUUCCCUCUGUUUCAUUGAAUGAUCAGAAACCCUAAGACGCAAUUUUUCAGCUAAAAAAAGCAAAUUGUUGUGGAUAAUUUGGUGUGGUUCCCUGUGACAUACGUCGCGUGAAGAUCAACUUAAAAAGACGCAAUCGGCAACGAAGAUGGAUGACGAGAGGAUUUUGAAAAUCCACUAUGGUGCUAAUUAUGUUGAUUUAACAAUUGAUGAUGUGGAUAAGUGUUUGUUAAUUGAUGUGUUUAAUGAUAUGUGUGAGGAAUUUGCAAAUAGAGGGUUUGAGUUGCCUGAGUACCCUGGGCUGCAUUAUUGUUAUAAGGAGAAGGCUAUUAAGUUAGUGGAUGAUAGGACAUUGAUGAAAAUGUUUGAGAAUAUGGAAGGAAAAAGUGAUAGAUGUGUGGGUGGGUUGUUUGAGAGAGCCUAGCUUUAUAAUGAAUUUGGCUAGAACAGUUAAACCCCAACAAAUUUUGCCCAAGGCAAGUAAUGCCACUGAGCCUCCUUGUUCUGUCCCAUCUUCUAGUACUUACCCAUCUUCAACUACUGGCCCAACACUUGUAACUGGGCCAAGUAAUACUGUUGGCCCACCUUCUGCAAGUCUAUCUAACCCAGCCACAUUUCAACUAGAAUCAUCUAAACAAAGCUCAAUUAAAUCUGCCCCACCUAGGCCUUUUAUGCCAAAGAUACCCUCCAGGAAAAACAAACAACCAGUACAAGUUGAAUACCCUCCUACUGAAUCUGGGGCUUUAACUAUAGGAGAACCUGUUAGGAGGAGCCUAAGGUUGACCACAUCCCUUUCACCUCCAAAGGUGACCCCUCCUUUAAGUCAGCCUAGGAGAUUACCAAGGUUGCUUGAAGAAAUUUCUCCUCACUCUCCCCCACAUAUCAUACUAUCUACUGAUGCAUACUUUAACAAAUAUAUGCUUCUGACCUGUCACCUCCUGCACCCAGAAGAAGUCCUAGGCUUUUACAAGGUAUUCCUAGCCCUAAUCUUAGGAAGGCACCUUUGAACCCUCCACCAGAAGCUAACCAAAAUGAACCCCCAAGUGAGCCAUUGAGAAAAAGUAGGUCAUGCCAAAGUAGAGUCCUCUUUCCACAUGUCAAGAAAAUGCCUAACACCACUGCAAGGGUAAAGGGCCUAUUUAUUCCUUUUAGUCAGACUUCACAAACUGUACCAGAAGAAGAGAGUAGUAGGGGGUGCAGGAUAAGGGGUGUUGGGGUCCAGCAUAGUGAUGGUGCUGGUGUGCAUAGUGAUGAUGGUACUGGUGUGCAUAGUGAUGAUGGGAGUUGUUCUGAAACUGAUGGUGAAUACAUGCUUGAAGGACAUGAAGAUAAGGAGACUGAGAGUGAAGGUGAGGAUACAGAUCCAGAUGAAGUGGAGGAGAAUGUGGCAGAUUUACUAAAUCAGAAUUAUGUUGAUGGAGGUUGGGAGCCUUUUAGGUGUAAUGAGAAGUUUUAUGAAUUAGAUGGGGGUUACAUAAGUAAGAUGUAUAAUAAUGGUGAGGUAUAUGAUGAUGCAGAAAUGGGUAGAAUUGCAUUAAGACCAUGGAAAAUGUUUGUUGACAGGGACCACUUUAAGGAUGCACUUAGAGACUUUUGUAUCCAAGAAGGUUUUAGUUUGGUUGUUAGAAGGCAGAGCAUGAUAGAUAUACUGCUGAAUGUGCUGACAGUAGAUGCAGAUGGAGAAUACAUGCAAGUUUGCUUUUAGAUGGGAUCACCUGGGCAAUAAAAAGCAUUAAGCAUGGACACACUUGUGACAUGAAUAUGGUAAACAAUCCCAUGUGCAACUGCAAGUGGGCUGCUAGAAAGUUAGUGGAGGAUAUUAGAGCAAGUCCAGAAAUCAAGGGGAAAGCUUUAAAUCAAUUACUUUGGGAGAGGUAUGGUGUUACAAUGGCUACCUCCACCCAGUACAAGAUGAAGAGUAUUGCAAUGGAGAUCAUACAGGGAGGACAUGGUGAGUCUUAUUUGAAUCUGAAUGUGUAUUGCCAGUUACUCAAGGAAAAAAACCCUAGGUCAGUUGCAUUCUACACAUGGAAGGCACUGCAGCAACCUGAGCCAAACCUCCAGUUCAAGUCAAUCUUCAUCAACUUUGCUACACAAUUUGAGGGUCUUAUUCAAGGUUGUAGAGGCUUAGUUGGUGUUGAUGAUUUCCAUUUGAAAGGCAACUAUGGAGGAAUACUCUUGUAAGCUGCGGCAUUAGAUGGGAAUAAUGAAAUAUUCCCUGUUGCUGUAGCUGUUGUGGAUUCAGAGAACAAGUCAAGCUGGUCUUGGUUCUUCCACCACCUCAAGAACAUUCUGACUGGAACAGGAAGAGUUGAUUGGACAAUAAUGUCAUAUCGGCAGAAGGUAUGCAAUUCUCUUGCACUCUUAAAUUGCAUGAUGCAUAUUUUAAUUGCCCAAACUACAUGUUAGCAUAAUGUGUUACUUUUUUUAGGGAACUGACCCCUCUUUGGAUCAAGUGUGGCCAACAGUUCCAAGAAGAUAUUGUGCAAGACAUUUAUGCAAGAAUUUCAAGUCUGAGUAUCCAGGUAUACUCAUGCACAAAUUGUUGUGGGCAGUGACUAAGGCUUAUUCAGCAUUCAGCUUCAAGAAAGCACUUCAAAAAAUUGCUUCUACUGCUGGACUUGGAGCUGUUAAGUGGUUCAAAGAUAUUGGUCCCCUUGACAGAUGGACAAGGUGGAAAUUUGACUGCCAACUGUCUUGUGAUGAGAAUACCAAUAACUUUGUAGAAAGUUUUAACAACACAAUUGGUGUUGAUAGAAGUUGUCCCAUACUCACAUUACUUGAAGGUAAUGCAUUUUCUUAGUUACAACAGUUUUAUUUACAACAAGCAUUGCUAACUUUUCCUCAUUUUAUAAUCACAGGAGUUAGAAGAAUUGCUAUGGUUAGGCAUGCUACAAGGCAACAACUUGCUGACCAGUGGGUGGAGGAAGGUAUAUGCCCUAACAUUAGGGAGAGGGUUAGGGUGCUCACAAAAGAGUCUAGAAAAUGCCAUGCAUAUCCUUCUGGUAGGGGUGAGUAUGAGGUGUCUAAUAGGAGGAGUAUGCUCCCUGUGUCACUGAAUAGCUAGUCAUGU